AAUUAACAAAAUUUAUUUUUAUUGCAGACAAACACCGCACCAAAUUCCGUUUGAAAAAACCCAUUAAUCCUAAAACAAAGCAUGCCAGGGGAAUAACAAUUGUUCCAUUGCGGAAGAACGUCAAGGUCCCAGCAGUUACAUCUCAUAGUAAGAAGAUCUCAGCUGUUGAAUCAGAACAUAAAAAGAAGGUCCCAGCUGUUACAUCAGAGCAUAAGAAGACGAAGAAGGUCAGAUUUGGUGUGUUGGAGCAUGAGAAAAAGAAAUUCCCAGUUGUUGAAUUAGAGCAUAAGAAAAAGAAGGUCCCAGCUGUUACAUCAGAGCAUAAGAAGAAGAAGAAAGUCAGAUUUGGUGUGUUGGAGCAUGAGAAAAAGAAAUUCCCAGUUGUUGAAUUAGAGCAUAAGAAAAAGAAGGUCCCAGCUGUUACAUCAGAGCAUAAGAAGAAGAAGAAAGUCAGAUUUGGUGUGUUGGAGCAUGAGAAAAAGAAAUUCCCAGUUGUUGAAUUAGAGCAUAAGAAAAAGAAGGUCCCAGCUGUUGAAUCAGAGCAUAAGAAGAAGGUCCCAGCUGUUGAAUCAGAGCAUGAUAAGAAGAAGAAAGUCAGAUUUGCUGUGUCAGUGCAUAAGAAGAAAGCUGCAGUUGUUGCAUCAGAGCAUAAGAAGAAGAAGAAGAAGAAAGUUGCAGUUGUUGCAGCAGAGCAUAAGAAGAAGAAGAAGAAGAAAGUUGCAGUUGUUGCAGCAGAGCAUAAGAAGAAAAAGAAAAUCACAGUUGUUUCAUCAAAGUAUAAGAAGAAGAAAGACUCAGUUGUUGCAUCAAAGCAUAAGAAGAAGGAGGUCCCAGUUGUUGUAUCAGAGUGUAAGAUGGUCCCACUUGCUACUUCAAACCAUAAGAAAGUCCCAGUAGCUGCAACAGAGCAUGCAGAGGUCCCAUCUACAUCAGAGAGUACAAAAGAGACUUCAUUUGAUUCAUCAGAAAAUAACACAAAUAAUAUAAUUAAUAAAUCAAAGAGAGCACAUAAGACUUGCCUUGAUACUUCAAAGAAUGCCAGUAGGGCCUGCCGUGCUACAUCAAAAACUACGUAUAAGUCCAACCUUGCUUCUUUGAUGAAUGAGCGUAUGAUCCCCCUCUCUGAAUUAAAGAAAGCAAUGAAGGGCUACCACGUUAAAUUGAAUAAUGAUAGAGCUUACUUUGCUGCUUUAAAGAUUGCAAAUAUGAUUCAACUUACUCACCUGAAGAGUAUAACUGAACCCUGCCCAGCUAGAUUAAAGAGGAAAAGAAAGGUCAAGAAAAUCAAGGUUAGGAAUGUUAAUAAGGCUCACCUAGGCACAAAAAGAAUUGGCAGGCACCAUUAUGAUAUGUUAAAGGAAGGUAAUAAGACCUUAAGCAGGGACCACCUUGCUAUACAAGAGAGGUUCAUGAAGACUGUUAAUGAUACACAGAGAUGUGAGUUGGGUUCUUUUCAUUCACAGGAGCAUUUAAAUCCAAAUGACCCUUCAGAGCCAACCACAAGGCAGAAUGCCUUGUUUGACCUCUUCUAUCCCAAGAGCCCUAAAACACUCAACUCUCCCAGGUUCCCAGACCCAGGACGGCCAGAUCGCGAAGCUUGCUGUGCUCAGCUAAGGGAAGGGUUAAGUCACAUAGAACAACAGCAAGAAUCCCUGGCUAACUUCUACAAAAAUAAAUCUGAGUGUUUUGUCAAGGAGGAAGUAAAUUUGCCAGAACCUUUCAACAUGGACCUCUACUUGAGGAUCUUCCAAGAACCAGGUUACAAUAGUAUUCAACAAAAACAGGCAAUUAGUGAUGCUAAAGUUGCCCUUAUUGUAUAUUUUAAUGCACAUUUACAUGCAGCAAAACAAAAAUUUGAAGACAUUAUUCAUUUCUUGCGAGAAGUAUCCUUUAAAUCUGAAUGGGAACGUAUGGAAGUCAAAGUUUUAUUAAACCUUCAUGCUGCUUUGAUGUCCUUUUUUAAAUUUGUUCAGACAGGACAUACUUUGAAACUGAAUGAGAGAUAUUUGUAUAUAAAAACUCUUGCUUGUAAAAUAACCAAAUAUCAAAACUUAUUAGAAUCAUGUAUAAACAAAAGAAUACAUGGUAGUAGUAAAAGUACCUGGGAGGAAAUUAUGAAACUGGCUGAUGUUUUACAUACAAUUGGUGGAGAAGAUGCUUUCAGGAAAAUUAUUGACUUAGUUAAUAUAAAGAAAAAAAUGUUUGCAUUUACUUACGUUUUGGAAAAGACUGUUGAGGCUAUAGAAAGUGCCGAACCACUAACAGAUAUACUUUCACGCAGUGACAGUUUUUGGAAAGUCAGCAAGACCCUGCCAGCACUUUUGACAUAUUUAAUAAUUGAAGCCUAUUGCCCUUAUAAGAUAAGUUUAUCAAAUCUUUUGCAGCAGAUAAAUUCACCUGAUUCGUGUCUUCAAACACAGUCAUCAAGCUUAGAUCUUACAGAGUGAGUCAUGUCAUACAGGUUUUAGAAAUGGUUAUUAGAUGUUUGUUAAGUACAGUACUUUACCCCAUGUUUAUUAUACAUAUGCAUGCCACAUCUGUUUGUUCUGUAAACCAUCCUUAGUUUUUCCCAACGGACAUGAUUUUUAUCUCAUGUUUUUAAACACAAAAUUCUUUUAUGAAAAUUAUCUUUGGAAUGUGAGCAAAGUA